AUGUGGUUUGGGAGCGCGCUCCUUUUACUGGGUUGUUUAACCCAUAAUGUUAAUGGCCUCAGAUACGACGAGCAAUAUGUCGACUUCAACCUCAACACAAAUAAGGAGGCGACGGAUCCUAUGAUGUACGAUGGAGAGUGGAAGAAUCACAAGUUCCACCCGUCACCAAAGAACUGGCGGUUCCCCUUCUACACCCUUAUGAUCGACCGAUUCGUAAACGGCGAUCCGAUGAACGACAACGCCAAUGGAACUGUUCUCGAGCAAGAUAUCACGGGUACGCAACUGCGAUUCGGUGGUGACGUCGCCGGUAUCGUGGAUACGUUGGAUUACCUCCAAGGAAUGGGCAUCAAGGGAAUUUACUUUGGAGGAUCGAUGCUUAUCAACCACCCGUGGAACUACGACUCCUACUCGCCGCUGGACCACACCCUGAUGGACUUCCACUUCGGCAAUAUCACAGAAUGGCAACUCGCCAUCGCCGAAGUUCACAAGCGCGGAAUGUACAUCGUGUUCGACAAUACUGUUGCAACUCUGGGUGACUUGAUCGGUUACAAGGACUACCUCAACAGCACUGCACCCUUCAAGCCCACCGAGUUGGAGGCGAUCUACAAGACCGACCGACACUACCUUGACUGGACAUUCCCGACCAAGUACAACGAGACGUGCGAAAACUUUCCCCGACUGUACUAUGAAAGUGGUUAUGAAGUUGGAAACGAGGUGUACGACAUGUUCGGCGGCUGUUACGACGGUGAUUUCGACCAGUUUGGUGACACAGAAGCUUUCGGCGUUUACCCCGAUUACCGACGUCAGUUGACCAAGUUCGCCUCCGUCCAAGACAGACUGAGAGAAUGGGUUCCCGCCAUCAACCAGAAACUCGGCCAUUUUUCGUGCAUGAUGAUCAAAACCUUGGACAUCGACGGCUUCAGAUACGACAAGGCGCUGCAAGUCACGGUUGAUGCCCAGGGAGAAUUCUCCAAGCAGAUGCGCGAGUGCGCGCGCGAGGUCGGCAAAGACAACUUCUUCCUCCCCGGCGAGAUCACAGGUGGUAACACUAUGGGUUCUAUCUACAUCGGUCGCGGACGCCACCCGGAGCAGUGGUUCAAGGACAUCAACACGGCCUACAGCACCAACCGGAGCGAGGCCGAGGGCCAGGACAUCUUCAUUCGUGACGAGGGCCACCAGGCUCUCGAUUCUGCCGCCUUCCACUACUCUUUCUACCGUUUCCUGGUCAUUUUCUUGGGUAUGGACGGUACUGGUGUCGCUGGAUUCGACGUGCCAAGCAACUUCGUCGAGGCUUGGAACGAGGUUCUCAGAGCAAACGACUUGAUCAACGCCAACACCGGUGAAGUCGACCCUCGUCACAUGUACGGCGCCAUGAACCAAGAUACCUUCCGUUGGCCCGCCAUCGAAUUGGGUCACGAGCGCAGUCUUAUGGGUCUGUUCGUCACGACGCUUCACUUGCCCGGCAUUCCGAUGCUUACCUGGGGCGAGGAACAAGCCUACUACGUGCUUGACAACACCGCUCAGAAUUACAUGUUCGGUCGUCAGCCCAUGUCCUCAGCCCCCGCCUGGCAACAGCACGGAUGUUACUCCAUGCCGGCCACGCUCUACUACCAGAUGCCUCUGUCCAGUGCUCGCGAAGGUUGCAACGACGACACCGUCUCGUGGGACCACCGCAACCCUGCCCAUCCUUUCAGACUCAUCCUCAAGCACAUGUACUGGAUGAGAGAGCAGUACCCCGUUUUCCAGGACGGCAUGUGGUUGGAGCAGCUGUCGAACCACACCGAGGAUCUCUUUUACCCCGGUAACUCUGGCAUGGCCACCACCACCGGUCUCUUCAGUGUCAUGCGUUACCAGCUCGGUGUCCAGAACAUGGGUGACGAUCUCGUUCCCGUUUGGCUUCUCUACUCCAACUACAACGUCACCAAGAAGUACACCUUCGACUGCUCCAAGGAGGACGAGGCCCUCAUCUCCCCAUUCGAAGAGGGAACGACCGUGAAGAACCUGUUCUUCCCUCACGACGAGAUCAAGCUCGAGGCCUCGACCAAGAAGCUUGCCUACGCCGGUAACACGGGCUUCAACGGCUGCACCAAGAACAUCACCAUGUCACCGUUCGAGUUCCGUGCCUACGUUCCCAAGGCCGACUUCAAGAACCCUCCCGUCAUGCUCACCAAGUUUAGCCCUGGUCACGAUUUCCGCAUCGAGUCCAACGAGACCAGCAACACCGUUCCCAUCGAGUUCCACUCCAACGUCGAGAUGGACCCCGUGAAGUUCAAGAACGCCAUUUCUUUCAGGUCUCACACCGAUGACAACAGCGUUCCUUCCAUCGACGAAAACUCGAUCGAGUACAAGAAGAUCUCCGAGCGCCAGGUCGAGUUGACUGGUGCCCUUCCUUCUGUCUGGUCUUGGAAAGCCAACCUCAUCAACGUGAAGCACGGCGUCCACGAAGUUACCGUCACGAACGCCUCGGUCGCCUCUGGAAAUUCCUCCACCAACGCCGUCGACCACUUCCUCUUCCGCAUCGGCUCCAGGAACAACCCCAUCAUUUUCCCCGCGACGGCCAACUACUCAUCCAGCCUUCUGACCAAGGAUGACGAUGGCACCAUCAAGAUCAAGCACACCGCUGCCGGCGCCUCUAAGUUCCGCUACUCCACCAACUUCGAGUCCUCCUGGAGCGACUGGGAAAACUACGAGACGGAGACCGUUGUCAAGAAGCAGGAAUGGAACGGAACCAAGGAGCAAGAGUGGGAGGGCGAGCACGUCAUCGUCCAGUACUGGUCCAGACUUCUCGGAACCGCCGCGUACAAGGUGCACGCCGAUAUCGACUACGAUACGCCGCGCCGCAUCCCUCACAUGUUCGCCGUCGGCAAGUUCAACCAGUUCGGCUACGACAGCGGUCUCACCAAGGCCCUUAAGCACACCGGCGAGUCAAUGUGGGAGUGGCACUACAUGGAUGAGUGGCCCAACUACUUCAAGUUCAGCGUUUGGGGCAUGAACCCUGACAAGAUGCCCGAUCAAUCGUUCGUGUACGGUGAUGUCGACGGAGACAACGUUGUCGAGCGCCUGCCGCCUUCUUCGCUGUACGAGAAUGCCAUCAACAUCACGUCCGAGAUCCAACCCCCCAAGCCUUACCUCGCAUUCAAGGUCACUCUGAAUGACGCCACGCUGCAAUACCAGCUCAUCCCCAAGGGCAACAUGUGGGUACAGUUCUUCCUUUGGCUGCUUCUAUUCAUUCUCCCCAUCGUCGGCGGUCUCGCGGCUGUUCAGGCUUUCAAGCGCUCUUUCUACCAGGUCAAGUUCAACGAGCACGGUGUCGGCGAGAAGUCCAAGUUCGGCAUGAUCAUGGACAAGACCCGCAACGCCUUCAUCGGCGCUGCCGGCGCCAUGCCCCUGAAGAUGCGCAGCUCGACCGAUCUCGUGUCCGCCGCCGCCGCCGCUACCACGGCCAACAAGCGCAAGAGGGUGCUGAUCGCGACCAUGGAGUACAACAUCGACGACUGGAACAUCAAGAUCAAGAUCGGUGGAUUGGGUGUCAUGGCCCAAUUGAUGGGUAAGGCGCUCAAGCACCAGGACCUCAUUUGGGUCGUUCCUUGCGUUGGCGAUGUCGAAUAUCCCAUGGACCAGCCCGCUCCCAGCAUGUUCGUCAAGAUCAUGGACCAGAUGUAUGAGAUCAAGGUGCAGUAUCACCAGGUCGACAACAUCACCUACGUUCUGCUGGACGCCCCAGUCUUCCGCAAGCAGACCAAGUCUGAGCCUUACCCCCCUCGUAUGGACGACUUAGAGUCUGCCAUCUACUACUCUGCCUGGAACCAAUGUAUUGCCGACACCGUCAACCGUUUCCCCGUUGAUCUCUACCACAUCAACGAUUACCACGGAACGAUUGCCCCCUUGUACCUCCUUCCCCGUACCAUCCCCGUCGCGGUCUCCCUGCACAACGCCGAGUUCCAAGGUCUCUGGCCCAUGCGCACUCCCGAGGAGAGCAAGGAGGUUUGCAAGGCGUACAACCUGGACCUCGAAAUCGUCAAGAAAUACGUCCAAUACGGUUCAGUCUUCAACCUGCUUCACGCUUCCGCCAGUUACCUCCGCAUCCACCAGAACGGCUUCGGCGCCGUCGGUGUCUCCAAGAAGUACGGUGACCGUUCCUUCGCCCGUUACCCCAUCUUCUGGGGUCUCUCCAAGAUCGGACAGCUUCCCAACCCGGACCCCACGGAUACCGCCGACUGGGACAAGAACGACUUCAUGAACGCCCCCAAGCCCCAGGUCGACCCCGCGUGGGAGGCCAGCCGUGGUGAUCUCCGCAGACAGGCCCAGGAGUGGGCCGGCCUCAAGGUCGACCCCGAAGCCGAGCUCUUCGUCUUCGUCGGACGUUGGUCUCUGCAGAAGGGUGUUGAUCUCAUCGCCGACGUGUUCCCCCAGGUCCUGGAAAAGCACCCCAAGACCCAGCUCAUCACCAUUGGUCCCGUCAUUGACUUGUACGGCAAGUUCGCAGCCUUGAAGCUGGCUAAGCUUAUGGAACUCUACCCCGGACGUGUCUUCUCCAAGCCCGAAUUCACUGCUCUCCCGCCUUACAUCUUCAGUGGUGCCGAGUUCGCUCUUAUCCCCUCGAGAGAUGAGCCCUUCGGUUUGGUCGCUGUCGAAUUCGGAAGAAAGGGAGCCCUGGGUGUCGGUGCCCGCGUCGGUGGUCUCGGACAAAUGCCCGGUUGGUGGUUCACCGUCGAAUCAACCAAGGCCGCCCAUCUUACCAAGCAGUUCAAGAGCGCCAUCGAAUCCGCCCUCGCCGCCGACACAAAGACCCGCGCCGAGAUGCGUGCCUACUCCGCCAAGCAGCGUUUCCCCGUCGCCGAGUGGCUCCAGAAGCUCGAGAAGCUCCAGGCCGGCGUCAUCAAGGCGCACGCCAAGUACGGCAAGAAGGGCCUCAAGAAGGGCAACGUCCUCGUCAAGCACUCCCGCGCCAGCUCCAACGCCGGCCUCCGCGACGAGGUCGAGCUCGUCGACCGCUCCCCCGCCUGGAUGAGGCAGGUCUCCGACUACGACGACGACGCCACCCUCCACACCGGCCGCACCACCCCCGCCGGCAUGCAGACACCCGCCGGGUACUACUCCAGCACCCCCGGCUCGCCCAUCAUCUCGCCCUCCCCGGCCUACGUCGACUCGCCCGGUGGUUCCCGCUCCGCUUCCCCCGGUCCUCAUAGCCGCAACAUCUCUGGUUACUCCAACUACUCCCAGCCUGACCCCCAGAACCACAGCCGCAAUGUCUCGGGCUUCUCCAUGGCCGACACGCUUCCCCUGCCUCCUCCCGGUGGCGCUCUCGGUAUCCACGACAACUCUUCCCGCGCAUCCAUGUUGAGUGUCGAGGACGUCGUCGGUGACCGCCACGAUUACAAGCUGCAGCAGGUCGACCCCUUCUUCACCGACUCCAAGGGCGAGUUCUACCAGGAGUUCGAGGAGCGACUCAAGAACCUGAACCCCGGCAACUCCAUCUCCGAGCUCUGUAUCGAGGACUACCUCAUGAAGAGUGAAAAGGAGUGGUUCGACAUGUACCUCGAUGCCAGGCUGGGUCGUCCCUCGCGCCCCUCGUCCCCCGCCUCCGGAAGGAGAUCGGGCUCCAGGACCCGCUCGCCUUCGAGAUCUCCCCUCGGCAUGCUGAAGAACCUGUCCAGCUCCAAGCUGAGCUUGCCGAUGGAGCGCGGCCGCGCCCCCAGACGUUCCCACCUGAUGAAUAGCACCAACGCCAACGAAGCAGACGGAUACGGCAACCAGACGCCUCCUGAUUCCCCUGGCUCUUACCACGCCCAGUUCGCCCUUCCCGAUGACUACGUUCCCCCUACUGGUGUCAAGAAAUACCUGCAGUACAAGGUCGGCGACUGGCCCGUCUACGCGAUGCUUCUGGCCCUGAACCAGAUCAUCGCCACCAACUCGUACCAAGUCACCCUUCUCACUGGUGAGGUCGGCCAGACGGCGUCCAAGCUCUACAUCAUCGCCUCCAUCUACCUCGCCGGCUCCCUGUGCUGGUACACCAUGUCCCGCACGAUCCCCCUGUUGUACCCCCUCUCGGCGCCUUACAUCGUCUACGGCAUCGCCUUCCUGAUCCUCGGCUGCUCUCCCUUCGCCGCCGACGACGUCACCCAGGUCUGGCUCCAGAACGCCGCGACUGGUCUGUACGCCUUCGCCUCCGCCUCGGGAUCCCUCGCCUUCGCCUUCAACUUCGGUACCGACGGUGGUUCCACCGUUCCCAAGUGGAUUCAGCGCCUCGCCAUCAUCCAGGGCCUGACCCAGCUCUACACCCUCGGUCUCUGGGCUUGGGGUUCUCUGGUGUCUGAGGCCGAAGCCAACUCCCAGCCCAAGCCCACUCUCGCCGGAUCCCCCGCCCUGCUGGGUAUCUGUCUUCCCGUGGCUCUUCUUCUCUGGGCUGUCGGCGCUCUUCUGUACCUCGGUCUUCCUGACUUCUACCGCGAGUCCCCUGGUCCCGUCCCUCAGCUCUGGCAAUCCCUUGUCAAGCGUAAGACCAUCGCCUGGUACCUCCUGGCCGUCGCGAUUCAGAACUACUUCCUCUCCCCGCUGUUCGGACGUAACUGGUUCUUCCUGUUCUCGUCCCAGCACGUCCCGGUCUGGGGUAUGGUCCUCCUCGCCCUAUUCUUCUUCACCUUCGUCUGGGCCAUCGUCCUUUGGGGCCUGGCCAAGGCCAGUGCAAGCCAUCCCUGGCUGUUCCCCAUGUUCGCCGUCGGUCUCGGUGCCCCGCGCUGGGCCCAGAUCUGGUGGGGUACCUCCCGCAUUGGUGUCUGGAUGCCGUGGGCUGGCGGAGUCGUCGCCGGAGCCGUCCUUAGCCGUAUCCUCUGGUUGUGGCUCGGUGUCCUCGACGGCCUCCAGGGUGCUGGUAUCGGUAUGAUUCUCAUGCUGACUCUCACCCGUGUCCACGUCGCGGCCGCAUGUGCAGCGGCGCAGGUCGUCGGUUCCAUCUUCACCAUGCUCGCCCGCGCGACGGCGCCCAACAACGUUGGUCCCGGGCCCGUCUUCCCUGAUAUCAGCGAGGGUGUCGGUGUGGCGCUCUCCAGCGCCUGGUUCUGGGUCGUGUUGUUGUUGAACCUGGGAAUCUGCAUUGGUUACUUCAAGUUCUUUAGAAAGGAGCAGGUUAGCAAGCCUUAA